AUGGGCAUGAUCUUGAACACCUACUUUGUUCGCCACCACCACAAGAUCCCGGUCGCACACCUGCCGACCUUUAGCAGUGUCAUUCCCUUUGAGGACAUUGUUUCUCUAGCUCGCCGCGCGCGCAUCUUUGACGGCUCCCGGUUGAAAAAACUUGGUCCCGACCCACGGUGGGUAGACUGGGUAGAUGCAGAGAACUUCCGUAGGCUGGCCUUCGCCUUGUACGCCCUGGAUGGUCUCCGAAGCGUCUUGAAAGGGGGAGUACCCCAUAUCCCGACGUGCGAGAUGCAGCUGCACUUACCCGAGCCCGAGGUGCUGUUCCAAGCGCCCAACGAAGCGGAAUGGCGCCGCCUCAGGAACACCGGUGGGCAACAGCAGCGCCGCACACCCGUCUUCUCCGUAGUCAUGGAACUUGUCCUCCGCGGCCUGGCCGAUCAAGAGCAUAUGCCGCAGACGCUCAUGGGAAAGUUCGCUGUUACACACGGGAUUCUCCUCCACGCGUGGCAGGCAAAAACGCAGUACGAACUCGGACGCCGCCAAAUGGCCAAUUCCGCUGCGCUAGAACUUUUCUUCCAUGGGCGGGCGCAAGAAAUUCGUAGUGCGCUUGCGGUCCUAUAUCCUGGGUGGCACUCGACGCUGGGUGGUACUAAUCAUGAUCCGCAGAAAGGCGACAUGUCCUUGCUCUACAGAGAUCGCGCGUUGGCGUGGUAUUACUUGGCUGGUGUCCUCACGCUUCCGCAAAGCUGCUUCUCGUCUAUGGAGGGACUUGAAGCAGAAGAAGGCGGGCAGACGCCCCGGAGUACCUCGAUGGCCUUUUUCAUGAAACAACUGGUAAAAGCACUUGACCGGGGACACCUCCGAGGUCUUGAUGGCGAUUAUGCCGCUAUGUAUCGACUCGUGAGUUCCCUCAGCCUCGCAGGGGAGGAGACCACGACCGAGAUGGGGACCUUGAUAUACCUUACGACGUAG